AUGGCGGCUGCGGAGCCCAAGCCCCCGGCGGGUGCGGCCGCGGCCCGGCGCCUGGCCCGGAGCUGCUGGUCCGCCUUCUGGGACUACGAGACGCCCAAGGUGAUCGUGGUGCGGAACCGGCGCCUGGGCGUCGUGUACCGCGUGGUGCAGCUGCUCAUCCUGCUCUACUUCGUGUGGUACGUGUUCAUCGUGCAGAAGAGCUACCAGGACCGGGAGACGGGCCCGGAGAGCUCUGUCAUCACCAAGGUCAAGGGCAUCACCUCCUCGGAGCACAAAGUGUGGGACGUGGAGGAAUAUGUGAAGCCCCCCGAGGGAGGCAGCGUGUUCAGCAUCAUCACCAGGAUCGAGGUCACCCCCUCCCAGGCCCAGGGCACCUGUCCGGAGAGUGAGAGGGUCACCAACGCCCCCUGCAGCUCGGACGAGGACUGCGUGGCCGGGGAGCUGGACAUGCUGGGGAACGGUGUUCGGACGGGGCGCUGUGUACCCUAUUACCACGGGGCCUCCAAGACCUGUGAGGUGUCCGGCUGGUGCCCCGUGGAAGAUGGGGCCUCCGUCAGCCAGUUUCUUGGUAAGAUGGCCCCCAAUUUCACCAUCCUCAUCAAGAACAGCAUCCACUACCCCAAGUUCCAGUUCUCCAAGGGCAACAUUGAGAUGCGGAAGGACGGCUACCUGAAGCACUGCCUGUUCGACGAGGUGUCCCACCUGUACUGCCCCAUCUUCAGGCUGGGCUUCAUCGUGGAGCGGGCGGGGGAGAACUUCACGGAGCUGGCCCGCACGGGUGGUGUCAUUGGGGUCAUUAUCAACUGGGACUGUGACCUGGACCUGUCGGCGUCCAACUGCAACCCCAAGUACUCCUUCCGGAGACUCGAUCCCAAGCACACCCCGGCCUCCUCUGGCUACAACUUCAGGUUUGCCAAGUAUUACAAGAUAAACGGCAGCACCACCCGCACCCUCAUCAAGGCCUACGGCAUCCGCAUCGACGUCAUUGUGCACGGACAGGCAGGCAAGUUCAGCCUGAUUCCCACCAUCAUUAACCUGGCCACAGCGCUGACCUCCAUCGGGGUGGGCUCCUUCUUGUGUGACUGGAUCUUGCUAACAUUCAUGAACAAAAACAAAGUCUACAGCCACAAGAAAUUCGACAAGGUGUGUACGCCACAGCACUCCCCAGGUAGCUGGCCUGUGACCCUGGCCCUUGUUUUGGGCCAGGCCCCUCCGCCCCCCUGUGCCUGCUCCACAGACCCAGGCAGACCACAGGACGAGGGGCAGAGCCAGGCCCAGGCUGUCCCACCAUCACGGCCUGGUCCCACCUCUGCCCCGUCUGAGCAGAUGGUGGACACUCCCGAUCGGGGUGCAGGACCAGGGCCUCAGGCCUCGGCGCCUCCCCAGCAGGACUCCACGCUCACAGACCCCCGAGGCUUAGCCCAGCUCUGAGCCCCCUCCAC